GUUCUUCAAAUCUAUGUUCAUUUUCGUUUCCUUUUCGAUUUGAUAUUCUGGCGAUGUGAUUCUGUGAUUCAUGGAAUGGACAAUCUGUUUGUUUAGAAUGAAGACUUGUUAAAAGGAAUAAUGAUGGUUUGCUAAAUAGGUGAAUUUGGGAUGAAAGAUGAUUUGUGUGAUUAAAGAAGCCUAAUUGAUUAAUGAUUUAGAAUAAGUUCUGUUUAAAUUAUGGAACAAGUUUUAUUGCAAUAUUAGCCUAUUGAAUGAGGUUCAGGUAGGCAAAAUUUGAGACACAUUUGAUUGCUUGUGUGAUUUUAUUUGCUUUCUAAUAUCAUGUAUCCAUUUCCCGGAAGAAAACAAAUGUGAGAAUGGAUGCUGUUUAUGGACAGAACCCCUAGACACCGGAUGAAGCAUAGAAUAGGCUAGUUUAGGUAGUGUAGGUUUUCUUUAUCGAACUUUUUUUAUUUUGGAUUGUAAUAGUUCAGAUUUGUUUUAAACUCUUCUAUGCACGUAACGUGUAUCUUUGUCUUUACUUUGAGAAAAUGCAGAGUAUAACAUUUGGGAUAGGUUUGUGACCUGAGAAACUGCUCCGGCCAUCAAAUCUGAUAUCGCAAAUGAGGCGCAGUCUUGAGGUUUGGAAGAUGGGCACGGUAAAUUACCUGGAGGCACUGAAGCUGCAAGAGAAGCUGGCAACUGAUAGAAAAGCUCUAAAAAUUACUGAUACCCUAUUAUCUCUACAGCAUCCACCGACGUAUACAGUUGGCAAAAGGGAAACAGUUCAUAAUCUACUCAUUCCUGAUUCUGAGCUCAAGUCCAUGGGGGCGGAACUUCACUAUACGCAAAGAGGAGGUGACAUUACAUUUCAUGGUCCUCAGCAAGCAAUCUUAUAUCCCAUUGUUUCGUUGAGAGAUAUUGGUUUAGGGGCUAGAAUGUAUGUUGAGAAGCUUGAGCUAACCAUGAUUGAAUUGGCAUCUAUGUAUGGUGUGAAAGCACAGGCUGGACAAAAAUGCGAAACUGGUGUUUGGGUUGAGGACAGAAAGAUUGGCGCGAUUGGAGUUAGAAUUUCAUCUGGGAUCACAUCUCAUGGAUUAGCAUUCAACAUGGACCCUGAUUUAAACUACUUUAAGCAUAUUGUGCCUUGUGGGAUUGUCAAUAAAGGUGUUACGUCUUUGAAGAAUGAGACAGAUGUAGAGCUUCCCGCUGAAGAUGUGAUACAGGAGCAGUUGAUCGCUUGUUUUGUAAGAAUAUUUGGGUACAACGACGUUGUCUUAAAAGAUAAGUCUGUGUUAUAAUUUGAUUAAGCACUAAUGUUAACAUAGGCUGAUACAUUAUCUGACUAAUUUUUUUUGUAUAAGUAGACAUUCAUUCAUUUGAUCAGAUUAGCAUUGUCGACGAGUAAGCUAUGAUAUCAAAAGCAAAUUUCUUGUGCUGUA